AUGCUUCUGUCGCUGGCUAAGACCAUGCGUCAACGCCAAUUCGUCCUUGCCCUGCUGGCCACACAACACGUCGAACGGCCACUGAUCCCCGAAGUCCGUUUCAACCUGGACGAUAUGACGGAUGCUAACGCAGUGCUCGACUACCGCUUUGACGUCGUGGGCAUCCGCAAACUCGGCUACUACCUCGGCCUACCAGCGGUGGUGGGCUCGCCGCUACGUAACGUCUACGGAUUUAUUGACGGGACAAAGGUCCAAACGUGCCGUAUUCAAUCGUCGGGGGAUGGCAAUAACCUGCAAAAACAAAUCUACAGCGGCCACAAGCGGAUUCACUGCCUCAACUACCAAGCUGUGACGUGCCCCGAUGGCAUCUGUGUGCACUUCUUCGGCCCAAUCGAGGGUCGUCGUCACGACGCCACCAUGCUCAGGUCCAGCAAGCUGCUUGAAUUCUUUGGACUGCACCCGGACGUGUUUGCAUCCAAGUACCUAUAUGGUGACCCAGCGUAUGGUGUUGUGGAAUUUCUCUUGUCGGGUUACAAAGGAAACAAUAUUUCUGAGCGAAAGCGCGAGUUCAACAAGUGGAUGAGCCGGGUACGCCAAUCUGUGGAGUGGAACUUCAAAAUCCUGAAGACGUUGUGGUCAUUUAUCACAUUUAAAAUGUUGUCCAAGAUUCAACUUUCCCCCGUGGCCAAGAUUGUAUCAAUUGCCAUGCUACUCACCAAUUGUCAUUGCUGUCACUUUAGAGGAAAUCAAAUCAGUGAUUUUUUUGACAUGGAGCCUCCAAGUUUAAAGGAAUAUCUAGAUACGCUCGAAAUUGUAGAAAUUUAA